AGUGGUAAAAUCUGGUUGGUUAAAGUUGGUAGUCUUUGCAUCAUUUGCUAAAAGUUCACAGUCCUAUCGUCCAACUAUGAAGCUUCUUCUGUUGUGUCUCUGUGUUGUUCUGGCUCAUGCUGGCCUCGCUCCUCUCCGUACGACCAACGAGCGCUCCGUACCUGACAGCUGGAUCAUAAAAGUCGAGGAUUUUGACCUGCUGGAGCGCGUGCAACAAGAGAUCGAGGACAUCUUUUCCACUUUCCGUGCACCUGCUCCCAGAAUCAGUAAACUGGAAGACCUUAUGCCGGUUCUGACCCUGAAGAUUCCACAGCACAUCCUUACUCGGGUGCGUGCUAUUGAGGGCGUUGAGUACAUUCAAGAGGACACCAUCGCAACACUUUUCGGCUCACAAAACAAUCCACCAUGGGGUAUUGAUCGCAUCGACAGUCGCACUGGAACGGACAAUGUGUUCAACUUCAACGAUAGUGCUCAGGGUGAAGGGGCGAAAAUAUUCAUUGUGGACACCGGCAUCAACACUAAUCACGAGGCGUUUGGCGGACGAGCUUCCCUUCUGUAUGGGGUUGCUGAUGAUGGAGGACAUGGAACUCACUGCGCUGGUACUGCUGCAGGAGAAAUCUACGGUAUUGCACGUAAAGCUGAAAUCUACAGCUGCAAAGUGUGCAGUCAUGGAGCAUGUGGGCUUUCUACAAUUAGCAAAGGUUUGAAUGCUAUUGUCAAAAAGUUUGGUUCCGGCCCCGGCAUGGGCGUGGUAUCAAUGUCCCUGGGUGGAGGGUAUGGUCCCUACUUCAACUCUCUUGUCCAGAACAUGCUCAACAAGGGGUACACAGCUUCUGUUGCUGCGGGUAACUCAAACCAGGAUGCAUGCAACGUUUCACCUGCAUCUUUGAAAGGGGCACUCACCGCUGGGGCCACGACUAGGAAGGACAAACGCGUAUAUUUCUCCAACUGGGGCUCUUGCGUUGACCUGUUUGCACCCGGUGUGUACAUCAAGAGUGCGAGCCACAGCUCUAACACCGGAACUGCAACAAUGUCUGGCACUUCAAUGGCAUGUCCUCAUGUGACAGGUGCCGCUGCUGUUUAUCUGGGAUCGAACCCAGGUUCGUCUCCAAGUGCUGUGCAUGAUGCCAUCGUGAAUAAUGCGACUCCCGACGUAGUGUCUGACCCCAAAGGAUCCCCCAACAGGUUGCUCUAUGUCCAGCCCUGAGUACGGACCACGGAUGCCGAAGACCAAAAUCACGUGACCAGAUUUGAGACGUUUGCCAAGCAUAACGAAACAAUGGAACGAGACGGCCGAAUGACGGUAAUUCUACACCAUCGAAUAAAUUUAGAGCUGAAUCCUCUGCAACAAAAUGUUGAACACCUCAUUGCACAACUUAUGGAAAUUGUAUCAGUGCAGCUGCAUGGUGAUCUCAAUGCGUAAAGCAUAUAUACAUGCCUAACCCCCUUGAAAUGCCGCCUGCUUGAACCUACAGUGUAAUGCGUGUAUUUUCAAGUGUACGCCCAUAAAACAUGUUCAUAUCAAACCAACACUGCAAAGCACCUACAGUGUGCACUCUUUAAAGAUUCUUUGACCUACGGUAACAACUUCAAAAAGACAAAAAAGAAAUAUCAGGACUCUGCGAAGGUUCACUGAAAACCCUGUAUUGCGAUGUUUAAACUGAAAGAAAAAUUAUAUAAAUCUCAAGCGUUCUGUGAAUAAAAUAAAAAAAAACCUGCAC